UAAUACUGGUUUUAUCCUUCUGUCAGGCCAUCAAGCCCCUCAACACCACCACCACCACCACCACCACCACCAGCGUCAUGGAGGCUGCAGGGAGGGGCAGCAGGAUGGCAGGACGGAGACAGGUGGUGAAGAACAUGAACACUGGCGGCAGCCCUGAGGAGUGUCCAGUGUGCCUGACAGGCUAUGAUGGCACCGUGCAGCGGCCGCGCAACCUGCCCUGUGGCCACACUGUCUGCACGCUGUGCAUAGACCAGCUGGAGGAGCAGGGCCGUGUUGCCUGCCCAGAGUGCCGCGUCAACCAUGCUGUGCCCGAGGGAGGGAAGUUCCCUGUCAGCUAUGCUGUUGAGGCCUUUAUGAUGAGAGACGCUGAGGUGGCAGCAGCAGCAGCAGCCUCGCCGCCACCCAGUGCCGGGGAAGGAGCACCAUCAGGGGCGGCUGGCAAGAAGGAGGCGGCGGGUCUCUCCAAGAAAAUGCGUUCCUUCCUGCAGGAACAGGAGGCCACAGUUGUGGCCGCCAUCACCGCCUGCCGGGAGGCUCAGUCGCAGCUGGACCAGUACCAGACGACCCUGGCAGGCUGGGGCAAGCAGCAGCAGCAGCUGGAGGACAGGCUCCUGGGACUGGUGGACCAGAGCAGGAGUGCCAGGGAGCUCCUGCAGCAGGAAGAGUCCCGUGUGGCGGCCAAGGAGGAGGAGCUGAAGAAGGAGGAGCAGGGGCUGCAGGCCAUGCUGGAGACGUUGCGCACCCUUGCAACAGAGCAAGAAGCAGCCGCGGCGAUGCCUGAAGUGUUUCGUUGGACUGGCGAGGCAGAGCAGGCGGUGGAGGAGUGCCGAGAAGGUUUUCCUGAUGCCAGCACCGUCACCACCGCCAGGAAGGUGAACGUGGCAUCUAGUGCAGCCCUGGAGGCUGUCCAGGCAGCUCUGGAAACACUUACUACAGAGGAGCCCAGGCCCCAGGCAGACCCAGACUCCACCAUCAUGGACAGACUGCACCUCAUCUGUACAUGGAGCGUGACGGCCGAGGACCUCCGCAGCCUGACGCAGCCCGCCAGGCGCCUGCUGGAGGCUGGCCGGGUGUUUGCUGUCCACCAGGCGGAAGGUCAGCGCCGACACGCAAGAAUAAGCCUUGAAGCUGGCCAGCUGUGCCUCCACGCCCUGAAGGACCAUCCCCCGCCACUGGGCGCGGCAACCCUGCAGGUGAGCGAGGCUGUGCCGCCCUCCCCCCCCUGCACGGUGUUCCUGGACCUGUCCUGGCCGGGCAGCGCGCCGCGGCGGGUACAAAUCCGUCUGAGCCCCGACACCCCUCGUGGCAGACAGUUCUUACUGUUGUGCACAGGGCAGCGCGGCCCCUCCUACGUUAACACGAGGUUGUGUGGAGUAGGGAGAAAGGGGGAGGCGGGAGAGUUUGUGAAGGGCGGGGACUAUGAGAGUAACGAUGGGGAAGGGUCAUCCGUCCUGCUGCCUGGCCUUGAUAAGGGUGAGUACCGAAACUCAGGCCGGGCGGGGAAUGUGUGUGGGCUGGUGUGGCCUGACCGUACCCGGGGUGAGAGUGGUAACUUUGGCAUCUUCACCAGAGACUGUAAGGAUGGUGGUGGUGGUGGUCUUGUCUUCGGUGAGGUGGUGGACGGACUGCACGUGGUGGCCGAGGCAGCCCAACACAGGGACAUUAAGGAGGUGACUGUGGCGGACUGUGGUGUGGUGUUGUGAGGGUAAUGGCCACCACCACCACCACCACAGCAAGGUUAUGGAGGUGACUGUGGUGUGGUGUUGUGAGGGUAAUGGCCACCACCACCACCACCACCACAGCAAGGUUAUGGAGGUGACUGUGGUGUGGUGUUGUGAGGGUAAUGGCCACCACCACCACCACCACAGCAAGGUUAUGGAGGUGACUGUGGUGUGGUGUUGUGAGGGUAAUGGCCACCACCACCACCACCACCACAGCAAGGUUAUGGAGGUGACUGUGGUGUGGUGUUGUGAGGGUAAUGGCCACCACCACCACCACCACAGCAAGGUUAUGGAGGUGACUGUGGCGUGGUGUUGUGAGGGUAAUGGCCACCACCACCACCACCACCACCACAGCAAGGUUAUGGAGGUGACUGUGGUGUGGUGUUGUGAGGGUAAUGGCCACCACCACCACCACCACCACCACAGCAAGGUUAUGGAGGUGACUGUGGUGUGGUGUUGUGAGGGUAAUGGCCACCACCACCACCACCACCACCACCACAGCAAGGUUAUGGAGGUGACUGUGGUGUGGUGUUGUGAGGGUAAUGGCCACCACCACCACCACCACCACAGCAAGGUUAUGGAGGUGACUGUGGUGUGGUGUUGUGAGGGUAAUGGCCACCACCACCACCACCACCACCACAGCAAGGUUAUGGAGGUGACUGUGGUGUGGUGUUGUGAGGGUAAUGGCCACCACCACCACCACCACAGCAAGGUUAUGGAGGUGACUGUGGUGUGGUGUUGUGAGGGUAAUGGCCACCACCACCACCACCACCACAGCAAGGUUAUGGAGGUGACUGUGGUGUGGUGUUGUGAGGGUAAUGGCCACCACCACCACCACAGCAAGGUUAUGGAGGUGACUGUGGUGUGGUGUUGUGAGGGUAAUGGCCACCACCACCACCACCACAGCAAGGUUAUGGAGGUGACUGUGGUGUGGUGUUGUGAGGGUAAUGGCCACCACCACCACCACCACCACCACAGCAAGGUUAUGGAGGUGACUGUGGUGUGGUGUUGUGAGGGUAAUGGCCACCACCACCACCACCACAGCAAGGUUAUGGAGGUGACUGUGGUGUGGUGUUGUGAGGGUAAUGGCCACCACCACCACCACCACAGCAAGGUUAUGGAGGUGACUGUGGUGUGGUGUUGUGAGGGUAAUGGACACCACCACCACCACCACCACCACAGCAAGGUUAUGGAGGUGACUGUGGUGUGGUGAUGUGAGGGUAAUGGACACCACCACCACCACCACCACCACCACAGCAAGGUUAUGGAGGUGACUGUGGUGUGGUGUUGUGAGGGUAAUGGCCACCACCACCACCACCACCACAGCAAGGUUAUGGAGGUGACUGUGGUGUGGUGUUGUGAGGGUAAUGGACACCACCACCACCACCACCACCACAGCAAGGUUAUGGAGGUGACUGUGGCGUGGUGUUGUGAGGGUAAUGGACACCACCACCACCACCACCACCACAGCAAGGUUAUGGAGGUGACUGUGGUGGUUCUUUAUUUUUUGUAACGUCCAGGGUGAUGAUUUGUGCAUUACAUGAACACUUGAUAAUAUAAUCUCUUAUUUCUUGCUGCAUUCCUGUAACAUCCAGGGUGAUGAUUUGUGCAUUACAUAAACACUUGAUAAUAUAAUCUCUUAUUUCUUGCUGCAUUCCUGUAACAUCCAGGGUGAUGAUUUGUGCAUUACAUAAACACUUGAUAAUAUAAUCUCUUAUUUCUUGCUGCAUUCCUGUAACAUCCAGGGUGAUAUUUUGUGCAUUACAUAAACACUUGAUAAUAUAAUCUCUUAUUUCUUGCUGCAUUCCUGUAACAUCCAGGGUGAUAUUUUGUGCAUUACAUAAACACUUGAUAAUAUAAUCUCUUAUUUCUUGCUGCAUUCCUGUAACAUCCAGGGUGAUAUUUUGUGCAUUACAUAAACACUUGAUAAUAUAAUCUCUUAUUUCUUGCUGCAUUCCUGUAACAUCCAGGGUGAUAUUUUGUGCAUUACAUAAACACUUGAUAAUAUAAUCUCUUAUUUCUUGCUGCAUUCCUGUAACAUCCAGGGUGAUAUUUUGUGCAUUACAUAAACACUUGAUAAUAUAAUCUCUUAUUUCUUGCUGCAUUCCUGUAACAUCCAGGGUGAUAUUUUGUGCAUUACAUAAACACUCGUUGAUAUAUAAUGUUUCAAUUUCUCGCUGCAUUUUUGUAACAUCCGUAUUAUGUGCAUUACAUGAACACUUGAUAUAAUCUCUUAUUUUUCACUGCAUUCUUGUAACAUCCGGGGCGAUACUCUGCGUGAUGUUUUGUGCAUUACAUAAAUACUGGAUGUAAUGUGAUAGUUUCUUGGGGCAUCCUUGUAACAUGUUUUGUGCAUUACAUAAAUACUGGAUGUAAUGUGUUAGUUUCUUGGGGCAUCCUUGUAACAUGUUUUGUGCAUUACAUAAAUACUGGAUGUAAUGUGUUAGUUUCUUGGGGCAUCCUUGUAACAUGUUUUGUGCAUUACAUAAAUACUGGAUGUAAUGUGAUAGUUUCUUGGGACAUCCUUGUAACAUGUUUUGUGCUUUACAUAAAUACUGGAUGUAAUGUGAUAGUUUCUUGGGGCAUCCUUGUAACAUGUUUUGUGCAUUACAUAAAUACUGGAUGUAAUGUGUUAGUUUCUUGGGGCAUCCUUGUAACAUGUUUUGUGCAUUACAUAAAUACUGGAUGUAAUGUAAUAGUUUCUUGGGACAUCCUUGUAACAUGUUUUGUGCAUUACAUAAAUACUGGAUGUAAUGUGAUAGUUUCUUGGGGCAUCCUUGUAACAUGUUUUGUGCAUUACAUAAAUACUGGAUGUAAUGUGAUAGUUUCUUGGGGCAUCCUUGUAACAUGUUUUGUGCAUUACAUAAAUAUACUUGAUACAAAG